AUGCCGGCCACGGCAUCCGGCUCUGACGCCAAAGGCGAUGGCGCACGGUCGCGCGAACAUAAACAGGGCAACCAGGAUCGCAAGUUUACUCCCGACCAGAAAGCCGCUGUGUUGCGAAUUCGAAAAUGUGCACCUACGGCAUUCUACGAGAUCCUUUUGAUCGAACGCACGGCGACAGAUAGCGAGAUCAAGAAGGCGUACAGGAAGCAGAGUUUGCUGACACAUCCGGACAAGAACGGAUAUGACGGGGCGGAUGAAGCGUUCAAGAUGGUGUCGCGCGCGUUCCAAAUUCUCUCGGAUGCUGAUAAGAAAUCUCGGUACGACAAAUUUGGAGGAGACCCGGAUAGCAGAUUUAACCCCGGUCCCACCGCUUCCGCUGGUGGUGGUGGCUCACCGUUUGGCGGUGGUGGAGGGUUCGGUGGUGGAGGAUUCUCGCGAGGUGGAGGUGGAUUCGAUGAUGAGAUUUCCCCAGAGGAGCUGUUCAAUCGGUUCUUCGGCGGUGGUGGCGGUGGCUUCGGCGGUGGAUUCGGAGGCCCUCAGUUCGUCUUCAACAUGGGCGGUGGCCCAGGAUUCCGUGUGCACCAGUUCGGAGGGGCUGCUCCACGAAGACGACCUCGCGCAACCAACUCAGGGCAACCUCAAGCUCCUCCUGACGCAUGGUCCAUUCUUCGCCAAAUCCUGCCUCUCCUCAUUCUUUUCAUCCUUCCUCUCCUCUCGUCACUGUUCUCCGGCUCUACUCCGACCAGUCCUUCCUACCGAUAUGAUACAGCCAAGCCUCCUCACACCAUGGGCCGCACAACUCCUAAGCUUAAUCUCAAUUACUUCGUUAACCCGUUAGAUGUGGAGGACUUAAGUCCCCGCAAACUCCGACAAUUAGACCAGCGAGUGGAAGUGGAUUACGUGUCAGGACUCAAGUUUGAAUGCGAGCGUGAAGUGCAGUUGCGAGACCGAAGGAUUCAAGAGGCUCAGGGUUGGUUCUUCCCUGAUGUGGACAAGAUGAAGGAGGCCCGGGCAAUGGAGUUGAAGAAUUGCCGUAAGCUGGAAUCCCUUAGAGGAAAGAUUUAA